AUGGGGAAGAAAAAGAAAUGUGCCUUACAAGUCAUCAUGGAAGAUGCUGGAAUAGAGAUUGAUGGACAAGUGGAAAGUGACACAGACAGUGAAGAAGAUGAAAUAAAGGACAAGACACCCAAGAAAAAAGCCCUCAGGGAAACCAGCAGAGCAAACAGACUUGAAAGGAAAAAGGAACAGAAAGACAAAGAAGAAGAUGAGAGCAAAGAGGAAGACAGUUGUAGCCAGGAAAAUGAAGCUUCUAAGAGAAAGAACCACCAAGGGAAAAACAAUGGUGGGAAAAAGGCAGGAGAGGAACGAAGCCGGCAGAGAGGGAAAAGGGCUCCUACCAAAGGGGAAAAGGAGGCAGAAAACAAGGAAAAGAAAGCAAAUAAGAAAGGGAAAGAGGGGGAGAAACAGAAGAAAGACAGGAAAAACAGCACUUCUGCUUCUUCCAACUCAUCUGAUGAGGAGUCCCCAUCUGAGGAAGAGCUCGCCAUGCUGAUGGAGCAGGUGGAGCAAAAGAAAAAGCUGAUCUCCACCAUGAGGAACAAGCCCUGGAGGAUGGUGAAGAAGCUCUCGGUGCUCAGGGAGGCACAAGCUUUUGUGGAGAAGUUUGAAGGAGCUCUAGGAAAAGGGAAGGGCAAAAAGUUGUAUGCAUAUAAGAUGAUGAUGGCAAAGAAAUGGGUGAAGUUUAAGAGAGACUUUGACAACUUCAAAACCCAGUGCAUACCCUGGGAGAUGAAGAUAAAAGAAGUAGAGAGUCACUUUGGCUCCUCAGUCGCUUCCUACUUCAUAUUUCUGCGGUGGAUGUACGGAGUGAACCUUGUCCUUUUUGGGUUAAUAUUUGGGCUGGUUAUAAUUCCAGAGGUCCUGAUGGGAAUGCCAUACGGCAGCAUGCCAAGGAAAACUGUACCCCGGGCUGAACAAGCAACAGCUAUGGAUUUUUCAGUUCUAUGGGAUUUUGAGGGCUACAUCAAAUACUCAGCGCUCUUUUACGGCUACUACAACAACCAGAGGACAAUUGGCUGGUUAAAAUACAGGCUCCCGAUGGCGUAUUUCAUGGUUGGAGUCAGCGUAUUUGGCUACAGCCUGAUGGUUGUUAUAAGAUCGAUGGCACGAAACGCCAAUGAAAGUACAGCAGACGGGGACGAUGACAACUUCAUUUUCAGCUGGAAAAUGUUCACCAGCUGGGACUACCUCAUUGGCAACCCAGAGACAGCAGACAACAAGUUUGCAUCCAUCACCACCAGCUUCAAGGAGUCUAUCGUGGAUGAGCAAGAAAGCAACAAGGAUGAGAACAUCCACCUGAGGAGGUUCCUGCGGGUUUUGGCCAAUGUCCUCAUCAUAUGCUGCUUGUGUGGAAGCGGUUACCUCAUUUAUUUCGUGGUCAAACGCUCCCAAACGUUUUCUAAAAUGCAAAACGUUGGGUGGUAUGAAAGAAAUGAGGUUGAAAUCGUGAUGUCCUUGCUGGGCAUGUUUUGCCCUCCGCUGUUUGAAACCAUUGCUGCACUGGAAAACUACCAUCCCCGCAUUGGGCUGAAGUGGCAGCUGGGGCGGAUCUUUGCGCUCUUCCUGGGGAACCUCUACACGUUCCUGUUGGCCUUGAUGGAUGAUGUCAAUGAAAAACUGGCUGAAGAGGACGUGGUGAAGAACAUCACACAUUGGACACUGCUUGGCCACCAUAACUCAUCCAUGGGGAACAGCAGCAGUGCCACCCCACCUCCCCUUGAUCCUGCAGAUGUGCCCAGGGGACCCUGCUGGGAGACAACAGUCGGCAUUGAGUUUGUGAGGCUCACUGUGUCUGACAUCCUGGUAACCUACAUAACCAUCCUGGUGGGAGACUUCAUCCGCGCUUGCUUUGUCAGAUUUGUGAACUACUGUUGGUGCUGGGACCUGGAGGCUGGAUUUCCAUCCUAUGCAGAGUUUGACAUAAGCGGCAAUGUUUUGGGUUUGGUCUUCAACCAGGGAAUGAUCUGGAUGGGAUCCUUUUACGCACCAGGGCUCGUGGGUAUAAACGUGCUGCGCUUAUUAACCUCCAUGUAUUUUCAGUGCUGGGCUGUUAUGAGUAGCAAUGUCCCUCAUGAACGAGUCUUCAAAGCAUCCAAGUCUAAUAACUUUUACAUGGGACUUUUGCUGCUGAUCCUGUUCCUCAGCCUCCUGCCUGUGGCUUACACCAUCAUGUCCCUGCCUCCCUCCUUUGACUGUGGACCAUUCAGUGGAAAGAAAAGGAUGUAUGAAGUCAUUCAAGAGACCAUUGAGCUUGAUUUCCCACUUUUUGUUGCCAAGAUCUUCAGCUAUGUGGCAAACCCAGGACUGGUCAUACCUGCAAUCCUGCUCAUGGUCCUUGCCAUCUAUUACCUGAACGCUGUGGCUGAAGCAUACCAGCGAGCCAAUGCAGAGCUCAAGAAGAAGAUGCAAAUGCAACGUGAGGAAGAGAAGAACAAGAGAAACAACAAAGCCAGCACUAAUCCCAUGAUGCAAGACCUGGAGGAUCUAUUUACACCAAGCACAAAGAAUGAAAGUCACCCCAAGCAAGGAGAAGAUGACAGAAGAGAACCUCCUCAUGGAAACAGCCCCAUCGGGACACAAGGCAAAGCAGGAGCCCUGGAUGGCAGCCCCAUGCCUGGUGGGAGAGGAGCAGCCUUCAUCCCACCACCACACAUGCUGGUGACACAGCCGCUGACACUGGGGGUCCGUGCACCUUACCCUGGCCAGUACAGGCCAAGGGGGUACCCAUUGGGACCAGUGCCUAUGAGGGGGAGAGGGCAGCCACGAUACCCAUAUGCUGCUCACUACGCUCAGUGA